AUGGUUACUUUCGUUUGUCAUCACUGCGAUUAAACAUUAAAAAAGAAAUAACUUGAUAAGCACGUCUUUUAAUGUAGAAGACCCGCUAAGUUUAUUUGCAUCGACUGCUAAAACACAUUUGUUGGAGACGAAUACAAACAGCAUACUUAAUGCAUGACAGAAUAAGAAAAAUAUCAUGGACCAUAUGCAAAAUAAAAUAAAAAUAAAUAAAACUAAUAAUAACAAUAAUAACAAAAGUAAUAAUAAUAAAAGUAGGCUGAAGCACAAAAAGAUACAAAGGUUACUGCUGCCGAAGAAUAAAAAGAAGAACAAGCCUAAAAGAAAUAAGACAAGGCUGAGAAGACUUAAGCUGUUCAAGAAAAUGAACAAGAAGAAGAAGAAUAAACUAAGUCAAAUUGGAAAGGAUGGAAGAAGACUAUCAGAAAGGUCAUAAAAUAAAAAGCUAACAAGUAAAUUAAGUUAAGAAAAUUAAAAGAAUUAGUAUGCAAAAAAUACCAAGAAUGCCAUCCUGAAGAACAAAUGAUGGAAAUCGAAAAAGUAUUUGAUGAAAAGUUGGCUGCUAACACUAAAUUUUAAGUUAUCAAUGAACCUUAUGUUAAGUUGUGA